GACGUGCCAUUUUUAGAGGUAACAACCUUAGUUGCGACAUGAGCGGAGGAGGUAACAGCGUAGUAAUGUUGACAAACAGUCAGUCUUUCGCGUUUGAGAGAUGUAUUUUAUUUAGUUAUAUAAAUAACAAUCAGUUUUGUGAUCAAUGGAGCAUCUUCAAUAUUCUCGGUGACAUCACGCACUAAAGGAGACCAACUAACUUUAAUUGAAUGCGACGAGGUCUGCUCGACGCGGCUGUUUCCAUCCGACUCCGCUUGCGACACUCGCCUGAAUCGCAGUAAAAUAUAUUCAAAACUCUUAUCGAUAUUGACAAAACAUGACUCAAUACAUCGCUGGCUUGAUCUGCGCUCUAGUCCUGGCCGCUUUAAUGGUCGUCUGGUUGGCUUACUGCAUGUUCGUAAGAGAACGUCAUAAGGACGAGCAUCAUUACAACAUUUCGGAUAUAAUAAAGAGGAAUACGAUACUGUCAGAGCUUGAAGCUUGCGAGAGUACAGAAGAGAAGAAGAGUGGGCUGGUAGCUGGUGUAUUUAUUCUACCGUCGCGCCAUAAGCAUAAGGAGAAGGAAAAAGAAGAUAAAGACGAUUACGGCAAGAGGCCAGAUUACCCGGAGAGUCCAGUGCCUUUACAGCUGAGCACGGAGAAGCUAGUGGAAUUGUUGAACGACAGUGAGAAAGACGAUGACUUUUAUAAGGACGGCACGCUCGAGAUAGGCUCUAAUGCGACUUAUAUUAGUGACGUUUAGUUGUUAUUAUGUAGGAAGCAUAUCUCUUCCCAAAAGCCGUGUUUUCACUUAGUGUCUGAACAGUUCUGAGCGAGCAAUCGUUCGUUCGUUCGGUAAAUAGAAACAGUUGCUCCGAUAGUAAAUAGGAAGAGCAAAUAUUUGCUCUAAACAAAAUGUUUGCUCAGAACACUAAAUGAAAACGUGGCUUAAGAAGGCUAAGAACCAGUGAAAUCUCAACAUACCGCGUACAUUGAAAAUUGAAAUUUCGUUAUUAACCUCACAAUCGCUCGAAUAUGCAAACAAGAAUAUCCAAGUAGACGGGAAAGGACUAAGUGUUUUAUGGUUAUAGCCUUGGUUUAUAAUAUUUUGAAAUCUCCAGUUAAUUCACAAAAUAAAUUAAGUAUUCUUGCAAAUAAAUGAUAUUAAAAAAAAUUAAAAAAUUCUCGCACAUUGUUUUAAAUGGUGGUGCAUUUAAUUACUGCAUUAAAAUAUAAAAUAAAUAUUAAGCGAUUAUUGUGCGAAUACUAAAGUACUUGGACGUUUUACUAAUUGAGCCGAUGAUUGAAGCCAUGCUGCUGAUGUUUAAUUGCCAUUGUGUAUUAUAUAGUCAGUGACCAAAUGUUGUAAGUUACUAUUCAAAACAUAUUUCACGGAUGCAUGUUGAGAUUAUUGAAUAAACACCUAACUUGCACUUAAUUUGGACUCUCUGUAUGCUGCACAGGCAAAUAUUAUUUAUUAGAUAUGUAUUUUAGUUAUAAUAUAACACAUAUACAUAAUAUAAAUAAGCAAUACUACAGGUAAAUUAUAUUAAUUAUCACGUCUCAAAGUUACUAAAAUAUGAAUAUUUUUAAUUUUAUAAAGAUUUGUAUAAAAUUAAAACCAAUAUUAUAAU